UCUGAUCUCUAUCAGCAGUAAACCCAAACCGAACCAGAAAAGAUCUAAAAAAUCUCUCCAGAUCUGAGCCGCAGUUUAAUAUCUGAGAAUGUGGAAAACCAAGAGAGGACACUAAUAUCUCAAUUCUGCCCCAUUUUGCUUAUAUUCUUUUCUCUUUCUCUGUAUAUAAGAAAGAGAAGAGAGAAAGAAAGAAAGGAAGGAAGGAAUUUGUGGAGAUGGCAAAUAUCGGGUUGCUCACCAUCUGGCUCAACAAGAAGAUCGUCGAGCCUCUACUCGAAAUCCUUCGCAAGGGUGCCGAGCCUAAGCUUUUGGCCUUCUCUGCAGCUCUUGGCUUCACCAUUGGAUUGUUUCCAAUCUGUGGGUCAACUGUGAUUAUCUGUGGGUUGGCUAUUGCAUCUCUUGGAUCCCACUGCCAUGCGCCAACUGUCAUGGUGAUUAAUCUCAUUGCUACACCAAUUGAACUGAGUUUAAUGGUACCGUUCCUGCGCUUUGGUGAAUACGUCUCUGGUGGACCUCAUUUUCCAUUGACUUCUGAUGCUUUGAAGAAAGUUUUAACCCUCCAAGCUUCGCGUGAAGUCUUAUUAAGUAUUGCACAUGCGUUGUUGGGAUGGCUUGUUGCGGCUCCUUUUAUUUUUGCUGCAGUGUAUAUACUCUCUUUACCAUUGUUUAAGGUGUUGGUUCACAAGUUUAGCACGCGUCCUUUAAGCCCAAAGAGAUCACUUUCACCAACAGAAGUCAGGAUUAAGAGCUGCUUGCAAGAGGGAAGGCAAGAGACAAUGGAGGAGUUGGAAGAGCUUCUGUUAUGAUUAUAUUGGAAAAGAUCUUACAUUGUGUAGAUGGAAGUAUUUAGUUCUAAUAAUCAAGUGUUCGACAUUACCCUUCCGUACGUGAUAUAUCAUUUAACAAGGACAAAGGGAUGACGAAAAAGAAAUUUGAUCGACAAGGUUGGAAGCUGAAUGCAUAGGGAGAUGCUGACAAAGUUGGUGAUGCUAAUCACCUGGUUCAAUUAUUGGGCAGGAUUGAUGAAGACGAGGGUUUGGUCAUUAACUGUGCCAUCAUUUGGGUAUUGUAUAUUACUAGCCUCGCUAGCCUCGUUACCCGUACGAUGUAUGUGUUAUUGGUGAAGGAAUGAAGAACGUUGAAGUUUGUAAUGACUUAAUACCUCGAACUCCUUUGUUCUAUGUAGCACAUCAAAAUGCAUUUCUCCUCCAA